AUGCCCGAGUGGAAACUGUACAAACCAUUCGAGGCUGCAAUCAGGAAGAGGGCAUACAUCUCCCAAAGCCUCGGAUCCACCCCUGUAGAAGAAUUCGCGAAAGAUACAGUAGCUGCUGCCAUACUCCGAAAGGAUCAGCCAGCAUGGUUCUCGUCGGGCCGAGUAUGGCCAUCUUGCAUCAUCUCCCGCUUCGUAUCAGAGAUGUUAUCAUCAACCGAAUUUCACCUGUUGAAUAGCAGCACUACCCUGAUAUUGAUUCCUCUCCACUGUGCAAUCGGAUUCACUUCCCUGUUUGUUUUGACUCGUGUAGUAAUCCUUAUCUUCACGCUUGAGAAUCUAAUUUGCCACAAAACUUCUCUUCAUGCUUGA